UAUAUAACCGUUAAAUUUGUUUCUUAUUAAGAGACCGAACAACUGAUGUACAAAACAGUUAUACGUUACAUAUACCUAGUGCUCAACGCAGGUCUCACACUAUAGCUGUAUACCCUCCAAACGAAAUGUUUGAUUUUUACAAUAAAAUGUCCAUUCGUUUAAUUUCAUUACUGUGUUUGAUAUUUAGUUUUACCGAAGCAGCUGUCCAGGACAACAGAGACAAAAUAAAAGAUUGUUCACUGUCGGUACCGGACAAAGAUGUCAAGCUCAUGCCUAUCGCGUUUGUGCCGAAUGGCCGAAAAUACCACAUCAUUUACCCGGACGACAAGGGUGCGCUGAACGUUCGGUACGGCCACAAUUUCAAGUUGGCGUGCGUGGGCAACAAUACGUUCGCCGCGGUUGCGCCGACCUACACGGAAAUCUUGGUGACUUGCGCCGGAGGCAAUAAUGUGACUUACCGAGGUCAAAGGUACAGGUACGGCCAGUUCAAAUGCCAGCAGACCCCCAAGUCCGUGUUGAAGCUGACCGGCGACAAGUGCCAGACCAACCAUUCGCUGGUCACGGUGGGCUUCCAGACCAAGUGGAGACAUUUGACCAUGCUGAAGAUAUGCUUCGACACGACCGCCAAGAACAGUUUGUACACUUGGUACGCGGCCAGGUCGCCGUACCACGACUAUCAUCAGUACAUGAAAUCCAAGCCUUCGUUCGUCAACUCCAGGGAACUCUACGGCACCAUGAACGUGAACAAAUUUUACACAUUAAAAGAACAAAAAAAAACCGUUGCCAAAAUUUUGGGAUCAGAAGAACAGAUGGAGAAAUAUUAUACCGAUAGCGAACACUCAUUGUCACGAGGUCAUUUCGCAGCCAGGGCUGAUUUCGCUUUGUACGUCGAACAAUAUGCCACUUAUUACUACGCGAACGUGGCCCCACAAUGGCAGGUAUUCAACGGCAAACUGUGGUCCCAGCUGGAGAACCAUACCAGACUGAAGUUGUCCAACGACAGUUCCCGGUACGUGAUUGUCACGGGCACUUAUGGCGUUUGCACGCUGGAAGACGUCGACGGCGAGCAGCAGCCCAUUCACCUGGAUCCACCCUACAGGUUACCAGUGCCUCUGUACUACUGGAAGCUGGUCUACAACGUGGACGACGACGAUGGCACAGUGUACUUGGGGCUGAACAACCCUUUCAUGAACAUCACUGACGACGUGUACAUUUGCCCCAACACGUGUCCCGAUGGCUACGAGGGCAACGACGCUAACGACGGGCUGGUGUAUUGUUGCAGCAAAGAAGAAUUUGAAAAAGUGUACGGAGAAUUGGAUAAGACGUUGUUCGAAAAGUAGUUUUGAUUUUAACAACUACGUGAUUUGAAACCACCACCGCCACUGUCAAUUGAGUGCCAUCGUAUGUAGUGCACAGUAUAACACAUAAUAUAGUAAUCACUAAAUCACUUGCGACCCGAUGCAUUGUUUGAAUGUCGAUAAAAAAUAUGGCAUUAAGCUCAAAUAUCCCUCGGGUAUCAAAAGAAACACAUUGUAAGUUUUGUGGUACUAACCGCUAUAUAAAAAAAAAAGUCCCUAUUCACACCACUCUAAUUUUUCUAGCGAAUCAAAUUACCAAACCUUUUACAAUAUAAUUCCUCUUGUUGCAAGUACCAUUAUUUUACCUUUGUAUAUUUAAUAUAAUUUAUGUAUAUUUAUAAAUGUUUAAGUACCGUAGGCUAAUAAAGGCUGUGUGCUUUUAAAAAUAGAAA